UGGAAGGGUUGAAACUAGGGAAGGUCCUUGAAUUUUGUAACUUAGUUGAUAAAAUAUUUAAAUUGGUGACUGGGUGAAUGUGUGAUGUAUUUAUUGAGAAGGACUUGAAAACUAGUUAUCAAGAAGCGUUUAUCCAAUUCUAGUUGUGCCUUUUCUCUGAUAUUCCUUGCAUUUAAAUUGUCUCAAAAGAGUGGUAUCAGUGAUGAGGCGUUUUAUUAUAAGACUUUUUAGGCUGCGCAAUAUAGUGAUCUUUACAUUCAUAGUGAUGUUACUGUAUGCAAUCAGAAAUAUGACAGACAUGAAGACUUUGAAUGAUGUUGCCAGGCCAGUACGCUCAUCACUGAAUAGGAUAUUGUACAAGGACUAUUUUGUGCCAUCUAGUUUAAAGAAAAUAGACUGGCACAACUAUCAACAAAUAGAACAUGAAAAGCAGAAAGUGGGUAUUGGUGAACACGGUCACCCAGCCCACCUAUCAAGCAAAGAAGCUGAACUAGAAAAAGAAUUGUACUCUGUAAAUGGUUUCAACGGAGCACUAAGUGACAAAAUAGCUCUAAACCGUUCUUUACCAGACAUCCGUCAUCCUGGAUGUCAUAAAAGGCUUUAUAUCGAGUCAUUACCCACAGUCAGUGUGGUGGUACCUUUUCAUAAUGAGCAUUGGAGUACUUUGUUGAGGACAGCCUAUAGUGUACUUAACAGAUCACCACAGUUUUUGAUUAAGGAAGUAUUUCUAGUCGACGACGCCAGUACUAAGUCUUUCCUCAAAGAAAAACUCGACAAUUACCUAGCGAAGCACCUACCAAAGGUCAAAGUGAUCAGACUAGAGAGUAGAAGUGGCUUGAUAACCGCGCGCCUGGCCGGCGCCAAGCAAGCCUCGGCUGAUGUGCUGAUGUUCCUGGACUCGCAUACGGAGGCCAACGUCAACUGGUUACCGCCACUGCUAGAACCGAUAGCCCUCAACUACCGUACAGUGGUAUGUCCGUUCAUAGACGUGGUAGCGUAUGACACUUUCGAGUACCGCGCGCAGGAUGAGGGGGCUCGAGGAGCCUUCGACUGGGAGUUCUUUUAUAAGAGACUUCCUGUUUUACCGAAAGAUGAGGAAAACAUGCCCGAGCCUUUUGAGAGUCCAGUAAUGGCGGGCGGUUUAUUCGCGAUAUCGCGAGUGUUCUUCUGGGAGCUGGGCGGGUACGAUCCGGGACUGGACAUAUGGGGCGGCGAGCAGUAUGAACUCAGCUUCAAGAUCUGGCAGUGCGGAGGCCGCAUGGUGGACGCGCCGUGUUCACGCGUGGGACACAUCUAUAGAAAAUUCGCGCCCUUCCCUAACCCGGGCCACGGGGACUUUGUUGGACGAAACUACAGAAGGGUUGCAGAAGUGUGGAUGGACGAAUACGCGUCGUUCCUGUACAAGCGACGCUCGCACUACCUGCGCAUAGACCCCGGCGACAUAUCCGAGCAGAAGGCGCUGCGGGAGAGACUCAAGUGCAAGCCUUUCCGCUGGUUCAUGACGCAGGUGGCAUUCGAUCUCACAGCGAAGUAUCCACCAGUUGAGCCGAGUCCGUUUGCUUCGGGACAGAUACGGCCAGUGACGCACCCGCAGUACUGCGUGGACGCGCACCACGGACAACAGAUGGACAAGCUGCAGCUCAAGCACUGCACCAGCGCCGCGGCCGGCGAACAGGAGUUCAUACUCUCCUGGCAUAAAGACAUCAAAUGUAAGAAUAGAAACAUGUGCUGGGACCUACCGGAGUCCUCUCCCAAAAGUCCAGUACUUCUAUACGGCUGCCAUUUAGGGGGAGGCAAUCAGUUGUGGAGGUAUCAUCCGGACACCCAACGUCUCAAACACAGUACGAAUGACAACUGCCUUGACUGGGAUCCUUCCACGCGAGACCUGUUCAUCAAUCCGUGCACAGAUACUAACACACAGGAGUGGCUCAUAGACAGUAUAGACGCGGACAUGAUGGCCAAGUGGGAUACCGUCGCCAAACGGAUCACUGGACCUGUUGAAGACUAUUAGGGAUAUAUGCAAUUCGACUACCCCUGAAAAACCAAUGAGGAAUAGAAAAAAAUCCCACACAAACAUUCAAAAAAUAAAUUCGUGAUAGAGAUGUGGAAACCAUGGCCAAAUAGAAACUUGGCCUUAGUUUCCACGAUGGCCAAGUACUACGCAUGUCUAUUACUACGACUAAAUAAUGUACGCAAAAGUAUCAGUGUAGUAUUAGAUUAUUAGGUCAUUGGACCUAUUGAAGACUAUUAGAGAUUAUUAAUAAAACCAAAAAUGCUCUUAUGACCACAUAAUAAAGGCCUAUUUGGCAAUAAUUUUGACGUAUAAAUUGUAGACAAGUGUCUCAACGAGUCCAUGGACCUAUUGGAGAUUAAAAGAGAUUAUUUAUAAUGUUUGCGAUUUUAAAACCGUAAAAAAAAUCGUCGUCAAGUGAAUUCGUAAGAGAUAGAAGGGUGGAAACAAUGGCCAAGUAGGAUACGAUUGGUAUACUCUACCCAAAGAGAGAAGUUAAUAUAGGUCUCUCUCUCUCUCUGUUACAUAACCUUAUACAAAAGACAAAGACAAAAAGUCAGUGGGCGUUAACCAUUUUGAGAGACCAACCAAUCACAAACAAGUCUAUGUUGUCCAUACUAACUUGUUUCCGUAGAUAGAGUAUACUGUAAACUGUUAAAACUAAAGUCAAAUUGCCUAUUUGGUUCAAAUAGUAUUUUAAAUUAGACUUAUAAAUAAACUUGCCUUUAUAUCUUUUGUAUGAUAAUUAGUAUAAAAUAAUAUGUUUGUAUACUUUAAAAUAUUUUUGUAUGAAACAUAGAUUUAUUGAUUUAUUGACUCACUUCGAUUUAUAUCUCGAAAAAGAAAUACUUAAAAUUUGUUUGUUGGAUACUAAGUGCAUUUAUUAAUAAAUUAUGAUAUUUAUAGAGAUUUUAAAUACUUUCAUAGAUAUAAAAUGUACUUAAUUGUAAAAAGUCUGCAUUUUUGUAAUACAAAAAAAAAGUAUGUAAAUAAAUUGUUCACGGUCACAAAUAAUAUUUCACAAUAAUGAUGUUAUUAUUUAUUAAUAAAUAUUCAAAUCAAGAGUUAAUAGGUGCAGUACUACUACCAUUUUUCAUAAGUCGCAUCGGCGAAAUUCGUUUGCGCAGAAAAUUACAGCCCAAUUAGCCACAUUAUCAAGUAAAUUUUGGCGAGUCAUUGAAAUGUCACUUUCGCGAUUUCUUGCGCGAGUGAUGUGCAAUUAUUGACUUGCAUGUAACUUGCCAGAGCUUAGUUGUGCAAGUAUUAUUGCUAGUGGAUACUUGCUAGCGAUAAUGUCAGCAGGUGUGUUGCACAAAAAACUAGUCCUUUGACGAAAACAUUAGGAAUGAAGAAUGAUAGAUUUGUUAAAAUAUAUGUGCAAUAUAAAAACAUGUUUUAGUCAUGGGUGCUGAUGGCAUCAAAAUGAGGCUUCGAAAAUGAUUUAAUAUAUUUUUGUAUUAAAAUUUUAUUCGUACUUGUAUAUUUUUAUGUGAUCUCUGUAAUAUGCUAUUUUAUUUUUUAUAUUUUAGUGUAAUAAGUAAUUAUAUUCAUAUUUGAAUGAGGUUAUUCAAUAGCAAUCCAAUCCACAUAUUUUUAUUUAGUCAGUUCACCUUUUCUAUAAUUUUAAUCCUAAGUACUAUACAAUAAUUAACUGGUUCCUGCGACUUAUUCUGCGUGGUUUAAGGUUUCUAAUUUCUCAAAAUCUAUGCUAUAGAGAAAAUUUGUGUAAUUUUUCAAGUUUCUAGACCCAAUGACAUAACUGUUCGUAGAUAUGUCAGGUAGUCAGUCUCUCCUUGUGUAUAUUUAGAUUCUAUUCAAAAUUGUAGUUCAAAUAGCUUCUAAGAUUGUUGCACAAUUUGACGUAAAAAUAUAGCAAAAUAUAGCAAACGUUAGCGAGUAAAAGCGGCAACAUAUUGCGUGUGUUAGUCGAGGCGCUUUGGCGCAUUUCUAUUGGCAAAUUGUUGCGUCAGAUUGCUUUGCUACAUAACAUACUACAACACAGCAUUGUAUCAGCCGCUUGAGUGUCAGCAACUUAAUGAUACACUGAUAUCGGUCCUAAUGUUGCCUUUGAAAUUGUUUGCAAAGAUACCACACUAUAAAUAUUGGCAAUUAUGCCGAUUCCCUUACCCUUAAUAUACUGAAAAUAAUCUAGUCUAGAUUUUAGCCAGUGAAGUUGUGGAGUAAUGAAACAGUUAUGAUGCAUUUAAUCAUAAAUGAUAAUGAUUUGCAGAUUAUUGGGUAGAGAGGCAAUUGUUGUUGAAAAUUAUUUUUUUCACUAUCUAAAGCACUUGUAAUGGUUUAUUUGAAUAAAAAAACCAACCUAUUACUUUGUUUUUGUUUACCUAUAUGGUAUGCAAUAAAAUUAAAGUUAAAAGUUUAUAUUGAGUGUGUUGGGUCUAGAUUGCAUAAUAACAUCCAAUUUUCGAAAUGAGUCCAUUUUACAUGUGCCUAUGUAAUAAGAUGUCCUUAUUGAUUUGUAGAUAGUUUAAAUUACUAUGAAAAAUAAAUGUAUUUUGUUGAUGAAAUCCUAAAAGUAUGUUCCAUUGAGACAUAUCACUAGUUGUAUGUAAGCACUUAAUAGUUUGUAAUAAAUUAUUUUUACGUA